AUCCAGAAGAUCAAUUCUGAAUGGAUAGGAAACGACUUGUGUUCAAAUAUUUUCAGUUUGGAUGUUUCUUGGUCGAUUUAAUUCUUCAUGAAAAAUCUGUGCAAGAAGAAAAUGCAAUUCUCUGCUCUUAUUUUCUCCCAUCUAUGGAGCUGGUAACAUUAAAAUUAUAUUAGAUAUUGGUCUAUAAUUUAAAGGUAGUUUGAGUUUUAAUCAGUAAAUGGAAGGAAAGAAAAUACGAGUGGGCCGGCCCUUCAUAAAGAACAGUUUGUGAUUUAUAGAUUAAUUAAUAUUAUGCGAUAAUUGAAGAGUACAACGGGAUUAAUUGGAGUAGUUCAUUUAAUUUCUUCUUUUUUUCUUUCUUUCUAAUCUCGAUCAGGGGAUCAGUUUUAACUUUGAUGUACUUGAUACCUGUUCGUAAUAAUUGUGACCCUAUUAAAUAGCGAAAGGAUUAUGUGAACUGUGAAAGUAUAUAUAGAACUCCAGUUCUGAAAUGUUUCAAUGUGAUUUAUAAGGACACAGAUUGCAUUGCUUGUAAGAGGAUCAGGUAGAAUAUAUAUAUACAAAGGGAUUUUUCUUCCCCUGAAACAAAGAAAUGUAACUGAUAACUAUUAAUACAUGUAGAACUGAACAACAACAAUUUUGUGCAAUCUGGAUAAACUAAUAUCAAGGAAUUGUCGAUUUAUCGAUCCGAUGGAAUACUCAUAUUGCAUGGAAUAGUGUAAUUAAAGGAAUGAGGAUUUUUUGAACAACUCUAAAUCUCUAUAUCCUUAUCAAAAUUUUGAGGAGAAAUCAAUGACUUCUGGGUGUAGAGACAGUGAUAAGACUUGAAUAUUGUCGGAAAUGACACCUAUGGAGUUUUUCGGGUAUCUCCACUAAUUCAAAUGUGUUGAGGAAUUUACAGGGUAAUUUUUAUUUUCCGUUAAAGUUUGGCUAAGAAUUGUUAAAAAAUUAUUUUACAAUGACCGACUCUCCAAGAAACCAGAGGAAAAUGACAACUCGGACUGUGUCUGAUAUAGGCAUCGUCAUCCCCGACGAGAUCACUGAGUGGAAGAGAAAAAUUUCUCAGGAGAAACUUGAACUCAAGCAAAAUUUGAGCAAAAAAACAGAGGAAUGGGAGAAGGAGAGAACUGAGCUUAAGAGCAAGAUUGAGGAGUUAGAAGCCUUCAAAAGCAAAUAUGAAGAAGAAAAACAGCAAAAAGAGAGGCUCCAGAGACAAGUGGACAGUCUGUCCAUUAGUCAGAGUGAUGCCAGCCAGAAACUGGUCAAAGCCGGAGAACUCAACGAACGACUCCGUCAGGACAACAAGAAAAAAACAGAUCAGAUCGAGAAGUAUCAACGAGACACUCGAUUCUUGGAGGAUCGACUCCGCAAUUUGGAAAUCAGGGCUUCUGAAGUGGAAAAGGCUGAAUUAAUUCUCGAUACGACAAGACUAAAUUUAGAGUCUACAUGCGUUCAGCUUCGUGACAGAGAACAUCAAAUACGCAGAAUGGAGUCGGAACAAGAGGAUCUCAACAAAAAACUAGCUUUAGCCCAACAGAAAAUAAGUGAUCAGGAGGCUAAAAUAGUGGAUCUCAAUUGGCAAGUACGACAUGAGCUGACAAGAAAUGAAGGCAUUGAAAAGAAUCUUGAAAUGAUUCCAAAAUUGAAGGACACGAUAAAGGAGAAAACCAAGGAAGUGGAAGCCUUGAAAGAAGAAGUCCAGGACAAAACAGCGCUGCUUGCUGUGGCUCGGAAAUCGGCCCGGGAAUACAAGGACCAGAUCAGGGCAAUGGAGCACAAGAUUGAAAAGGCAGAGAAGAUGGAGGCAGAGUUAGAGAUGGCUCAGUGUGAGGUGCAGACCCUGAAGAAACUUCUGCAGGGCAAGGAUCAGCUGGUCAUACAGAAGUCCAGGGCCCUCGAUGUGGCCAAGGAUGUGAUAGAGACAAUGAACAUGUCUACAGAGCCUGAGCAGAUAGACAAAAUUGUGGUACUCCUGGAGAAGAUGGGUGCCACCUCCAAGGUGUCCUCUAAUGGCAGUGUAUGUGAAUCUUCCAGUGGGGAGUCAGACAGCAGGAAUAAUAAGAUACACUGUACACAAACAAAAUCAUCCAGAACCAAGGAUAUUGAUGUAAAUAGAAAUCCGUACUCAAUGGAUGAAAACAAUGUCAAAAAUCACAGACGACCCUUAUCCGGGGGAGGGUUUCUGGACAAUGUGUUAAAGGAUCAGGACUCCCACACUCGACCAAGAACAGCAGUGGUUAGACCGGUUAAACGGAGUCAGUCGUACAGAGACGCGCUUCCAAACAAAUUCACACUGCAAAUCAACGGACAUCAGAGGCCACAGUCUAGUAGUGAUCACAGACACUCAACUGAGAAAAAGACUAACGCAAAGUACCAGCCUACUGUAGAUUAUAUUAUUGGUAUUCAAGACAAAACUACUCUUAGCUCAGGAUCUCGUCCGAGGAGUGUGUCUCCAAGGUCACCUUCAUGGGGCUCGACCAAAAGUAGGUCGGAGAACUCAAACUCGCUGAGUCUUCAGUCUGUCAAUUCCUCCGAUAGCUCUGACUCGGAGGAUAACUCGACAAGAACUGUGGAGGUGCUAUCUAAACUCCGAGCCAAGGAAAGGGAGGAAAUUCUUGUUCGUUACGUUGAUGUGGGGGAUCGGAUUGUUAUCGCUGUACCACAGAAGCCACCCAGAUAUGGCAGAAAAAUUGCCCCCAAACCCAAAAUCUACACAGGAAUUGUGAAAUACAGAGGCCCAUUGGAGCAAAAGUAUAAUUCCAGAAUAUAUGUUGGAGUUCGAUUAGAUGAACCAGAUGGAGACACCGACGGAACACACAAAGGGAAGCGAUACAUGUAUACACCCUCCGAUCUAGGGAAGUUCUUUAAGCUCAUUGAUUUGACCUCCGUAUUGGACCCGAAGAAGGGGAAAUACAAAGUAGUCAACUCAAUCCUGGCUCAUCACUUAGAGAAAGGAGAGAAAGAAAUGUCUGCCAGUGGAUAAAGUAUGCCAGUGGAUGAAGUAUUUUACUGGAUAAAGUAAUAUUCCUCUGGAUAAAGUAUCCCAGUGGAUGAAAUAUAUUAUUGGACAAAGUAAAAUUCUUCUGGAUAAAGUAUCCCAGUGGAUAAAAUAUUUUACUGGAUAAAGUAAUAUUCCUCUGGAUAAAGUAUCCAAGUGGAUGAAAUAUCUCUGAAUAAAAUAUCCCAGUGGAUGAAAUCUCCCUCUGGAUAAAAGUAUUCCUCUGGAUAAUUAAAGUACCACAGUGGAUAGCGUAUCUCAAUGGAUGAAAGUUCCCUCUGGACAAAAUAUCGUUGUGCAUUUCUUUGAGAAUGUUGACCCUUGUUACAAAAUGUUAUUGCAUUAGUUGGUGCAUUUGCCUUGAUAGAUAAAUGGGGCAGUGUUUGGGUUGCAUGGGUUGAUAAAAAUUAUUUUCUGGAUUUCACCUGUUGCAUGGUGCAAUUGUCAGCACUAAGUACUAUACAAUGUUACACAUUGAAUUCCCCUCUAAUUAAUAUUUCGAUGUAUUUUAAUGCAUAUUGCACUUUAAAAAUAGUUAUGAUGCCACUUUACUGUAUUAUAUCAGUUAGAAAUAUGUAUUGGAUAGUUAAAUAUAAAGCAGAUCUGUGAUAUUAUUUAAAUACUUAUACACUGUCAUUCAUUUGAAUUAUUUAUCAGGUAACAAAAUUCAUGUCAUUUAUGAUUAUUAAACUACAAUGCUGAAUCAU